GCGUAUCUAGUUACCUAUCUAAAGUCAAGCGUACAUUUACAGGUUACCAAAUUAUUAAAAGAUGGAGUGGGCAAGUCAGUUAUGUGAGAACAGACAUAUUGGAGCCAAGAUGACAGACUCAAAGUACUUCACCACCACUAAAAAAGGUGAAAUCUUUGAGCUGAAAGCAGAGCUCAAUAGCGACAAGAAGGAGAAGAAGAAGGAAGCUGUCAAGAAGGUCAUUGCCUCUAUGACUGUUGGAAAAGAUGUCAGUGCCCUGUUUCCUGAUGUGGUGAACUGCAUGCAGACAGACAACCUGGAGCUGAAGAAGCUGGUGUACCUGUACCUGAUGAACUACGCCAAGAGCCAGCCAGACAUGGCCAUCAUGGCUGUCAACACAUUUGUCAAGGACUGCGAGGACCCCAAUCCUCUGAUUCGCGCUCUGGCGGUGCGGACCAUGGGCUGCAUCCGUGUGGAUAAGAUCACAGAGUACCUCUGUGAGCCCCUGAGAAAGUGCCUGAAAGACGAAGACCCUUAUGUGAGGAAGACGGCCGCCGUGUGCGUGGCGAAACUUCACGACAUCAACGCUCAGCUGGUGGAGGACCAAGGCUUUCUGGACACGCUAAAAGACCUCAUCUCUGACUCUAACCCCAUGGUGGUGGCUAAUGCGGUGGCAGCCCUGUCUGAGAUCGCUGAGUCCCACCCCAACAGCAACCUGCUCGACCUUAAUCCCCAGUCCAUCAACAAGCUGUUGACUGCUCUAAACGAGUGCACGGAAUGGGGCCAGAUCUUCAUCCUGGAUUGCCUGGCCAAUUACACACCUAGAGACGAUCGUGAAUCUCAGAGUAUUUGUGAGCGCGUGACCCCUCGGCUGUCGCAUGCCAACUCUGCGGUGGUGCUGUCGGCCGUGAAGGUGCUGAUGAAGUUCAUGGAGAUGCUGCCUAAAGACCUGGACUACUACGGCACCCUGCUCAAGAAACUGGCCCCGCCCCUCGUCACCCUGCUGUCCGCAGAGCCGGAGCUGCAGUACGUAGCUCUGCGCAACAUCAACCUCAUCGUGCAGAAACGCCCUGAAAUUCUCAAGCACGAGAUGAAGGUGUUCUUUGUGAAGUAUAACGAUCCGAUUUACGUCAAACUGGAGAAACUGGACAUCAUGAUCAGGCUGGCAUCUCAGGCCAACAUUGCACAGGUUUUGGCUGAACUGAAAGAGUAUGCCACUGAGGUCGAUGUGGACUUUGUUCGUAAAGCAGUGAGAGCCAUCGGCCGCUGUGCCAUCAAAGUUGAGCAAUCUGCAGAGCGUUGUGUGAGCACACUGUUGGACCUCAUCCAAACCAAAGUCAACUAUGUGGUGCAGGAGGCCAUCGUGGUCAUUAAGGACAUCUUCCGCAAAUAUCCCAACAAAUACGAGAGUGUGAUUGCCACGCUGUGUGAGAACCUGGACUCUCUGGACGAGCCUGAGGCUCGCGCCGCCAUGAUCUGGAUCGUGGGCGAGUACGCCGAGCGCAUCGACAACGCCGAUGAGCUGCUAGAAAGCUUCCUGGAGGGCUUCCACGACGAGAGCACUCAGGUGCAGCUGCAGCUCCUCACGGCCAUCGUCAAGCUCUUCCUGAAGAAGCCCACCGAGACACAGGAGCUGGUGCAACAGGUCCUCAGUCUGGCCACGCAGGACUCCGACAACCCAGACCUGCGCGAUCGCGGCUACAUCUACUGGCGCCUGCUGUCCACCGACCCGGUGGCGGCCAAGGAGGUGGUGCUGGCGGAGAAGCCCCUGAUCUCCGAGGAGACGGACCUGAUCGAGCCCACGCUGCUGGAGGAGCUGACCUGCCACAUCGGCACGCUGGCCUCCGUCUACCACAAGCCGCCCAGCGCCUUCGUGGAGGGCAGCCGCGGCGUGCAGCACAAGAGGCUUCCCGUGCGCGCCGGCUCGGGUGAGAGCAGUGAGAGCCCGGAGGCUAGUCAGGCAGUGGGGGCGGUGCCUGAUACUCCUCCCCCCGCGGUCAUCCCCUCCCAGGGAGACCUGCUGGGAGACCUGCUCAACCUGGACCUGGCCCCGCCCACCUCCUCCGGACCCCCGCAGGUGCCCUCCAUGCCCAUGGGAGGCAUGGACCUCCUGGGAGGCGGACUGGACAGCCUGCUUGGAGGAGACCUCGGAGGGAGCCCUGCGAUGGGUGGAGGUUUGGCUUCAGCCCCUGCCCCUGCUGCUGCGGCCCCGUCCCUCGCUGCUCCUGCCAGUGGCCUGGACAUGCUCUUCGACCUGGGAGGGGGCGUCGGCAUGCCAACCGGCUCUUUUGUGGUUCCAAAGGCUAUUUGGCUUCCUGCUAUGAAGGCGAAGGGUCUGGAGAUUUCUGGCACAUUUGCACGGCGCGGAGGUGUUCUACAAAUGGAGAUCUCCCUCACCAACAAAGCCAUGAGCGUCAUGACAGACUUCGCUGUCCAGUUUAACAGGAACAGUUUUGGACUUGCCCCUGCGGGCCCCCUCCAGGUCCUCACCCCCCUCAGCCCCAAUCAGACCACAGAGGUCAGCCUCCCCCUCAGCACGGUCGGACCCGUCAUGAAGAUGGAGCCCCUCAACAACCUGCAGGUGGCAGUGAAGAACAACAUCGAUGUCUUCUACUUCAGCUGCCAGUAUCCCAUCAGCAUCCUCUUUGUGGAGGAUGGAAAGAUGGAACGCCAGGUGUUCCUUGCAACCUGGAAGGACAUUCCCAAUGAAAAUGAGUCCCAGUUCCAAAUCAAAGAUUGCCACGUUAACUCAGAUGCGGCGACAUCUCGACUGCAGAGCUGUAACAUCUUCACUAUUGCAAAGCGGACGGUGGACAACCAGGACAUGCUGUACCAGUCCAUCAAGCUGACCAACGGCAUCUGGAUCCUGGUGGAGCUGCGGGUGCAGACCGGGAGCCCUGGCUGCAUGAUGUCUGUGAAAUGCAGAGCCCCAGAGGUGGCCCAGCUGGUGUUCCAGUGUUAUGAAAUGGUGUUGAAGACCAGCAGUGAGGCGUGAACAUCUUGACAGCAGAGGUCCCACACUACAUCUACAGUACACCUAUUCAGUAGCUAUUGGUCUUGCUUUUUAAACCCUUGAUCACCUUGUGCUUUCUCCAACAACAACAACAACAAAAAUAAUCAGGUUACAAUUUGGAGAAGAGGAGAAAAAAUGGCCAUGUGAUCAUUUCAGAUGUGUGUACUGUGUCCUCCACAACCAUUAAAUAAGUGUGCGUUUGUCUGUCUAGUA